AUGGCCGCCGUUCUCUUCUGCCUGGUGCACCAGCGAGGUGCCGAGGCUGUCAUGUCACACUUGCGAUCGCGACCACCAGGCGAUGCCGGGGCCUUCUUCCUGACGCACUGCCAUGCAACGCCUUUCCACAGCUUCCUCCAUCGCGAGGUUCCCUUGGGCUUCCUGGACUGCUCGCCGGGCCAAAGCAGCCCCCAGCAGCGCUUCUUCCAGCAGCCGCAAGCAGCCCUGGAAGCGCUCUUCCCUGAGGCUAUGCCCGUACCUGCGUCCGGGCCACUUCCGUCGGCGGGGGAGCCUCUUAGGCCCUGUCUGCGUGAACUCUUCGCUCUCAAGCCGAGGCCGCUUCCAGAGGUCUUCGUUGUUUGGGCCUCUCUCCUGACAAAGGAGGAAGGCGCAAAGCAGUGGCUGCAGCUGAACCACUAUGAGCGUGAGGUGGAGAUAGAGGAUGGAAUCUGGUCGGAGGGUCCCUACGGUGUCGAGCUCUGGCCCCGCUUCGAAAUCUACCGCGCGGGGAAAAAACAGAGGGCCUGCGUCGUGGAGAGGGGGGUUUAA